AUGGAUUUGACUGAAGAGGAAGCUGCAUUAGCAGCAGAGGCCAUGCAACAAUACGAGGAUGAUAGCGAUAGUAAUAAUGAUUUCGAUACAAUGUCUGAUGGAGAAAUGGAACCAGGUGGCUGGAUCCAAUGGUUCGUAUCUCUUCCUGAGCACGACUUUUUGGUAGAAAUUGAAGAGCAAUACAUUCAAGAUAAUUUCAAUCUAUUUGGGUUAAAAUAAGAAGUUUGACACAGAGCGAUACUCUACCUGCAUCAAAAUGAUUUUAAGUAAUUAUUCCCCAUCAGAAGAAGAUUUGAAAAAUGAAGAUUUUUUAGAAUUAAACCAAGAAGCAUCUGAUUUAUAUGGAUUAAUUCAUUCAAGAUUUAUUAUCACUCAAAGAGGAUUAAGCAAACUUUACAAUAAAUUCCUUAAUGGAACAUAUGGGUAUUGCCCAAGAGCUUUAUGAGACCGUCAAAAAGUCCUCCCAGUCGGUCUCUCUGAUGAACUCAGAACGUCCAGAGUCAAAGUCUUCUGUCCCAGAUGUGAAGAAGUGUACAUACCCAAGUUCAAAAGCAUCAAUGUCGAUGGAGCAUAUUUCGGAACUUCAGUGCCACACAUUUUCUUGAAAGCUUUCAAAGAAGCAGUUGUGUUGCCGCCAAGGAUAUUUAGCUAUGAGCCUAAAAUCCACGGGUUCAGGCUUUACAAGAAAACUGGGUCGAGGGCAGCAGGGUCGAAGGAUGUAAUUACAUAUCCACAGUUUUACACUACAGCUGACGCCGCAGGGGAGCUUAAGAGUAGGAGGUCAAAGAAAGAUGAAGAGACUGCCAAAGCAAGCAAAGAUGAGGCUGCUGAGGGAGCUUCAUUGAUGGUUCAAGACAAAAAUCCAAGUAAACUAAUAGAGUGUAAGAAUCUCUCAAAGUAA